AUGUCAAAAGAGGAUGAAUUGCAUACCUCUCUAGCUCACAUCAUACUAUGCGCCGUCGCUGGAAAGAGUCUCAGUAGAGCAUCCGGAAAGAGUUUUACUCACCCGGGAAUGCACGCCAAUUUCCUCAUACACGGUGUCAUCGGAUUUUUCCAUUAUCAGAGUAACGCGUUCAAUAAUGACUUUACUGAACUCUACAAGAUCAGUCUAAAGGCUUCUAAGUAUUUGGCUAUUCCAUGCUUGAUGGCGGAUUUGUACCACAGUGACCAGACCCUCCGUUCCGUUCAUUUACUCUCUGGUGUAGUUCCUUUUGUCUUGGCACUAACCAAAAAUGAUAACGAACCUCUCGGGCAUCUGUUGGUUGCUUGCAAUGUUGUUUCCCUCUGCUAUUAUGCUAACGAGAAGAAAAGCGAAUGGGGAUGGUAUACGGCUGGGGCGGCAGUCCUGGCAUAUUUUGUCACAACUCAGAUGGCACCAUAUUAUCAGAAGAUAACGUAUCCUUUGGCCCUGGCAUUAAUGGAAUACUGCGCGAUGAAGAUACCUCAAGUCACCUUUAAUCCAGUAGUUGAACUAGUGUCAUGA